UUGUGCAUGCUGGAGUAGGCCUAUGUGUGUCAAACGCUGCUUAUUUUUUUUUAACGGGCAUAGGGUAACUAUGCGCGAUUCAUUCGUUCGGGCUGAGCUGCCAUAAACUCUUGCCAUCAGCAGACCAGACUGAGGAGAAAAAAAAAGAUCAUGUGGUUGGAUUGAGUUCACCCGGCGCGAUCUGUGCGCACUGUGCACACGCAACAUUGAGUAAGCCAACGGUUUGGCUUGGUAGGCUAUAACUAGUUGAAGGUAGACGGUAAUGAUUUUUGAAAUGGAGAAUGGUAUACUCAACAAACGUGUCGGAGAUCAACAGACUGAUAAUGAUGAUCGCAAAUCACUUUUAUCGACGCAAAAAGACGAGGUCGAAGGAGGAACAAGUUCGAUGACCUCUGCAUCUUUUAAUUUCAUCAAUUCAAUUAUCGGAUCUGGAAUUAUAGGAUUACCAUAUUCUCUCAACCAAGCUGGUCUACCACUAGGAUUGCUGCUGCUUGUGGGUGUUGCUUUCAUCACAGAUUACUCGAUCAUACUGCUGAUUAAAGGUGGCAAUAUCUCAGGGACAUGCAGUUACCAGUCUUUAGUGUACAGCACAUUUGGAUUCGCUGGAUAUUUGGUGCUGUCUGUGCUGCAGUUUCUAUAUCCCUUUAUAGCAAUGAUCAGUUAUAACAUCAUUGCAGGAGACACAUUGACAAAGGUGUUUCUGAGGAUACCUGGAGUUGGCCCAGAAAGCAUGCUUGCAGAGCGCCAUUUUGUCAUCCUGGCAUCCACCAUUCUCACCACUCUUCCACUGUCUCUUUAUCGUGACAUAGCCAAGUUGGGAAAGGUAUCCUUACUUUCCAUGGUGUUGACUCUUGCUAUCCUCAUCAUGGUCAUCAUCAGAGCAGCUACUCUAGGACCACAGAUUCCCCCUGCAGAGGAUGCAUGGUCAUUUGCAAGGUGGAAUGCCAUCCAGGCAGUUGGUGUCAUGUCUUUUGCCUUCAUUUGCCAUCACAACAGCUUCCUGAUUUAUGGCUCCCUACGAGAGCCCACUUUGAGCAACUGGUCACGUGUCACACACCUGUCAGUGGGCUCUGCCUUCCUGGUCAGUGCUGCGUUUGCUGUGGCAGGCUAUGCCACCUUCACAGGUUACACACAAGGGGACAUAUUUGAGAACUACUGCAGAAAUGAUAACCUGGCUACGUUCGGCCGCUUCUGCUAUGGCAUCAGCAUUGUAACAACUUUUCCUCUUGAGUGCUUUGUUACACGAGAGGUGGUGUCAAAUGUUUUCUUCAAAGGAGUUCUCUCCAACACUGCCCACGUUGUGGUUACCUUCGUUAUAAUAUCUAUGUGUACUGCCAUUUCUCUGGGUUUUGACUGCCUUGGUGUUGUUUUGGAGUUAAAUGGUGUGUUAAGCGCUACCCCACUCAUAUUUAUCAUUCCAUCAGCAUGUUUCUUGAAGCUGUCAUCAGGUCGCUGGUUUCAGGGGGAGAACAUCAUCCCCUGCAUCAUCUUGAUGGCUGGGGUCUUUGUUAUGACCAUUGGCCUAAUCAUGACAAUCCUUUACCCUCAGGACUGCUCUCACGGGGCAGAGAUGUUUUACUGCAAUACUUCCAACAUGUCUGUGAUUACAACCACUGCACCUUCAACACUGCCAGUGCAGAAUACCACUCAGGGCAUCUUUGACACGGAUUAAACAUGACACACAUUUUUUGUCAUGCCUGUUGCAUUUUGUACUACUAAUAUUGUAUACUUCUGUUUGAAUAAAAUGCUUGGAUUGUUCUCUGAUUGUUUAAGGGCUAAUAUACAUUUGUGAAUGUGGAAUAUCCCAAAUCUGUUUGAAAAAGGUAUAGGCAAAACACAUACAACAUACAACGCCAGUCAUUACACUAUCUGCCACCGGAUGGCGCUGUAUUUUCUAAUGGUGUACAUUUUCUCAGUAGCUACAAAAUAUGGAAAAUUUGCCACAGAUUUUAAAAGAACUAUUUGUUUUUAACACAGGCUGUUUUUCCGUCAUGAUACGUGAAAAAGCAAAGCCUUCUGCAAUAAGUGACAUCAAGAUAGGCAUACAUAUUAACACAUAGAAUUAGAUCUCGUAAAAUUAUAAGGAUAAAGGUUUGGAAAUUAAGGAUAAUUAAUAUGGCUAUAGGUUAUCAUUAACAGAUGUUAAGAAGCAAUUAACCAACCUUACAGAUAGCCUAUCACAUCAGCUUGCUAACGCUUAUUGAAUGCAGCUUUUGAUAGGCCUACAAGUCCAUCAGG